AUGUCGACCCAACUGCAGCUGCUAUUUCUAUUUCUAGCUGUAGUAUCACAACCAGCCCUCGGAUUACUGGGAAGCAAAAAGAAUGCAACUGUAACUGGACAACUGAAUUGUGGGCGAAAUUACUAUGCCGAUGUGAAAGUCGAAAUGUGGGAAGCUGAUACAUUUGAUCGUGAUGAUAAAUUGAACACGACUUAUUCGGACGACAGAGGUAAAUUUCGCGUAUUUGGGCAAACUCGUGAAAUUCGAAACAUCGAACCAUAUGUACUUAUCUAUCACAACUGUGAAAAUGGAAGACACGAUGUUAGAUGCCAAAUAAGGGAUCGAUUUGAUGUGCCGAAAAGUUACCAGGGCAAAGUGUACGACCUGGGCGCAGUCGAUUUGUCCGGAGCUACGAAGAAACGCAAAAAGAAGUGUCACUGA